AUGUCUAGCCCAGAACAGUUAGCGGAACCCUACACAACCCUGGUCAGUCUGACGCAAGCUGUGGGAGAUACUAAGUCUGAUUUAUGGGAACAAGAUGGAGUAGAUGACAAAAUCCAGUGUAUCACCGAUCAACAAGAACAUAAUACAACAGAGAUUGAUUCCUUAAAAGCUGAAAAUGCAUCCUUACGCAAAGACGUUGAAAUGUUAAAAUCGGUGGUGAUAAAAUUAGACAGAAAAGUGUAUCACCAGGAGAAAGAAAUAACUGACCUCAAGGCCCGAUCAAUGAAGUACAAUAUACUUAUUCAUAAUCUUCAAGAGGAAGAGGGAGAAACUUUGAGAACUAAAGUUCCUCGUCUGAUUAAAGAACACCUGGGAGUUGACGGAAUAGAAUUUGCCAAUAUUCACAGAAACUCGGGUGACCGCAAGCCAGGCGCAAAGCCUCGUACAAUUACGGGAAAGCUGAUGAGAUUUGAGCAGAAAGAUUACAUCCUUAGACAACAAAAAACAAAGAAAGAGGUAGGGAUGGAAAUACCUUUCUAUAUAACGCCGGAGGCUCCAGUUCAGAUUAACGAAACCCGAAAGAAGCUGGUUGAACUAAACAAUAAAUACUGGAAGGAAAAUGUUAAGACACGACUGAUUGGAGAUAAGCUCGUCUUUCCAAACGGAACUGUCCACAAAGACAAAGUAAGCACACCAACAGCUGAGGAAAUUCUGCAACUUGACCAAAAAGAGAGAGAGAAAAUUGAGGAAAUGGAGUCUGGACGCUCUAAUACACACAGCGAGGGCGGAAACCAAUUCAGCACGGCCGCAGUUGAAGCAGACACCUAUGAUAAUGUUAGGAACUUCUACAAGAAGAUUUCGAUGGACCCAGUCUAUGGGAAAGCCAACCACAACAUCCUUUUAUACAGAUUUAAGGACAAUAACGGAAUUCUCCACGAAGGAUAUUGUGAUGAUGGAGAGUUCGGGGCCGGUAGGAAAAUGCUAAAACUUUUACAAGACCAAAAUAUAGUGAAUGUGUCCGUGGUAAUUUCGCGUAUGAUGGGAAGACAUCUUAGUCCGAAACGCUUCGAAAUUAUGGAAAAAAUGUUGUUUGGUGCACUAAAUAAACUACCAUAA